AUGCAGCGGUCGGGAGAGCCAAGCGCCGCGCUCUACGGCCCGCUCGAGGGCUGCGCGGACCAUCGGCCGCACAGAUACCGCAGCUUCAUGAUCGAGGAGAUUCUCACCGAGCCACCGGGGCCCAAGGGCGCUGCGCCAGCCGCCGCUGCUGCCGUGGCCGCGGGCGAGCUGCUCAAGUUUGGCGUGCAGGCGCUGCUAGCGGCACAGCCCUUCCACAGCCACCUGGCAGUGUUAAAGGCUGAACAAGCUGCUGUGUUCAAGUUUCCUUUGGCGCCGCUCAGCUGUUCUGGGCUAGGGUCUGCACUGCUUGCCGCUGGCCCUGGGCUGCAGGUUGCCUCGGGCACACCACACCUGCCGCUGGAGCUGCAGCUGCGAGGGAAGCUGGAGGCGCCAGGCCCAGGAGAGCCAGUUACCAAGGCCAAGAAGGGACGCCGAAGCCGAACAGUGUUCACUGAAUUGCAGCUGAUGGGCCUGGAGAAGCGCUUUGAGAAACAGAAGUACCUUUCCACACCAGACAGAAUAGAUCUGGCCGAGUCUCUGGGCCUGAGCCAGUUGCAAGUGAAGACGUGGUAUCAGAAUCGAAGGAUGAAGUGGAAGAAAAUAGUGCUCCAGGGCGGUGGUCUCGAGUCUCCCACCAAGCCCAAGGGGCGGCCCAAGAAGAACUCCAUCCCCACGAGCGAGCAGCUCACGGAGCAGGAGCGCUUUAAGGAGCUGGAGAAGCCGGCAGAGGCGCCUGGAGAGCCCAGGGACCGGAGCUGCGAUCACUGA